AUGUCGUUUUUCAAAAAUAUCGCAGGGACGCUUCCAACACCGAUCUCCGUGGUUUUCGCCGCGGGCUCCUGGGCAUCCGUGAAUUGGAGAAAGUCAGAGAUCAACACGCUAGAAAAGAGAAAGGCUGGAAUCGAGAAGCGAUUGAAUGAGCUUUACGGGCCACUCUACGGAAACAGGAUGUUAUUCAGAGCGAGCAUCGGCGCUCUGGAAAAGAAGGUCGGGACUAGCGUCAGUGAGCAUCUCAAAGAAGUCGAGAGGAAGAGACUGGCAAGCGAGCUGGAAAACUGGCGGGACUUCUAUCGUUCUCAACUUCGCCCGUUGGACAUCAAAGUGAAUGAGCUCAUUCUACUCCACUCAGACUGCAUCGUAGACGAAGAGAGCAUGGCGAGAAUUAAAGCAUUCGCAGAAAAGAGCGCGGAGAACAACUACACAAUGGAACAUUGGCGGGCGGACGGCGAAUGGGAUAAACGCUCGCAAUUUGACAGUAAAGACUUUGACUACUCAAAUUCAAAUGGAGACAUGGAGGAACACGAGCUCUUUGAGGAGCAUGUUUUGAGCACUUACCGAGGAAAGGGUCAAAGAUCUCUUACUUGA